AGUAGUCACAUAAUGCUGCAUCUUAAGUAUUUUCCUUUGAAGAUAAUUCUCAUCUGCACGUUAAAUAUAACGGCAGGGAAUUUGAUUGAUGACACCUCUAUAAUCAAAAAUCUCACAAAAGUUCAUAAAGGAGAAUCCUGUGGCAAUUCUUCAACUCUGUCCUGUUCAGGAGCAUCACCAACACCAGCUGAUGUACUGUUGUACAUGACUGUAGCAGCAGUCAUUUUUGUGACGGUUUGUGGAAAUCUACUUGUCAUCGUCUCCAUCUGCCACUUCAAGCAGCUCCACACACCAACCAACAUCCUCCUUCUCUCUCUGGCUGUGGCAGACUUUCUAGUUGGAGUAACUGGGAUGCCUUUCCACUUUAUUUCAUGGCUGGAUCCACACUGGUGUCUUGAGACAAUAUAUUGCACACUUUAUAAAGUAACAUCCUUUUACAUGACUUGUGUGUCUAUUUACAAUGUAGCGCUUAUUGCAGUGGACCGAUAUUUUGCUCUGAGCAACCCCUUUCUUUACUGCACUAAAAUGACAGUGAAUCUGACUUUGAGGAUGCUAUAUACUCUCUGGUUGUCUUCACUCAUCUACAGUGUACUGCUUCUUUAUACCAGUGGAAAUAUUUCUGAAAUAACUGGAAAUGUAACAUGUACCGAGUGUAUUGUUACAGCUAAUGAGUUUUGGACCAUUUUUGACUUUGUAAUAGUAUUUAUUGUGCCCUGCGUGACAAUCAUAAUUAUGUACCUGAAUGUUUUUGCUAUUGCCAAAAAGCAUGCACAUGAAAUAAAUUGUGUCAGAAAACAAAAUUCAAGUGGCACAAAAAUGAACAAUUUUUCAACAGGAUCAGAAAGGAAAGCAGCAAAAAAACUGGGAAUUCUAGUGGCAGUGUUCUUACUGUGUUUAAUACCCUGCUACACAAGUGCUUUUCUUUCUGUAUAUAUAACACCACCAUCUGAGUAUCUUACAUAUAUGAGUACUGUUACUCUUUUAUAUCUAAAUUCAUCAAUCAAUCCUAUCAUUUAUGCUUUGUUCUAUCCAUGGUUUCAGAAGUCUGUAAAGCUAAUUUUAACAUUUAGAAUAUGUGGCUCAGAAUCUUCAUUGUUGAAUGUGCUUUUAGAGGAGAACUGAACAAUCUGUGGUGCAUCAUUAUGAAGAAAUUGAACAUUGUAGUAAGAUAUCUUAAAACUGCAAAACCAUGGAAAUCAGUAUGACAAAUAUUUGUUUGAAAUCAGUAGCAUACAUGCAGUGUACUGGGGGAAUAUGCAGGGAAACAGACACUGAAUUCACCAGCACAUUGUUUUUUUAUUUAUUACUACCUGUGAUCAUAAAUUCUCUGCAAUGAACACAAGCUUCUUUUAAUGCUGCCAAACAUGUCUCCACAUCAUAAAUGGUGAAGUCCAAACAAUAUAAAAUAACAUUUAAAAUUUGUAAAAUUAUUGUACAGAAA